GCAAGUUCCGUCUCUCUCUCUCUCUCUCACACACACACUCUCUCUGCUGUGUUGAUCGUUUGUACAACCCUUAUCUGUGUUUUCCAAUUGCAUGCGGAGCUGGGUUUUUCUAGGUUUUCAAUAAGCUGAGCCUGAGUUUUGCCAGGUGAAGAAAAUGAUUCUCAGAAAGCAGUACCGAUGCAUACACUCAGUUAGCUGUCAAUGCACUAUAGGGCAUUUAAGUGAAGAAGUGAUAUUCUUAGUAUUUCACCAUUUAAAUUGGAAUCCCAAGCUAAUUGCUACUCUGUCAUGUGUGUGCAAAUGGUUUGAUGAUUUUGCCAAGCGAGUUCUGUGGAAAGAGUUUUGUAGAACAAGAACUCCAAAGAUGAUGCUUGAUCUGCAAUCUAGUGGUAGUCACAGCGUUGAUGGGAACUGGAGAGCCCUAGGGAAGCUGCUUAUAUACUGUUCAGGAUGCAAAAAAGGUGGCUUGUUCAAUAGCACUCAUAUCCCUGGUCAUUUUGUUUAUCAGACUCGAUUUUCUAGAACUUCAGGAAGGAGCUUUCUUUUGCCACAAUGUAGAACUGAUGUUUUAUAUGUGUGUGAUCCUUGUGAGCAUCUUGACCAAGGUGAAGAAGGAGAUAUAGGAUUCUUCCGUGGAGUUUUUAGGUCAUUUUCAACUUCGAAGGUCAGGAAGAUGCUUAUUAAGAAAAGUGCCAAGCUCCAUCCAACAGAAGUGUGCCCUUAUUGUAAGGCAAAGUUAUGGAGCAUGCUACAAGCCAAAAUGAUCCCUCAAAGUGCUAGUUGCAGGUUGGGUUCCUAUGAAGAUUGUGUCGAGUAUUAUGUAUGCCUAAACGGUCACAUGCUUGGGAUCUGCACCCUAUUACCAUUGUCUGAUUCAGAAGGAGCAUCUGAGUUGGAGUAAUAUAAAUGAUUCAAUGGUAUUAUUUCCUUGUAUCUGGGAAACCAUAACUUUCUCUCCUGUUUAUGAUUUCCUUUUUUAUUUAAAUAUAAAAUGAAAAUUAAU